GCAGCAGGCACGCGCGGGCUAGCAGCAGCUGCUUGUCGCGGUCGUCCGUGUGCGGUGAGCUGCGUAAUGACGGCCGGGCGACUUCCUGCCACGUUCGUUAGCUUUACCGAGUGAACGCGGGGCCGCGCUUUCUCCUCCUUCUCCUCCUCCUUCUCCUCGCCUCUGCCGGCCGCGAGGGAGCGACCCUUCGGCGGGACGACCGCCAUGUAGGCGAGGCAGGAGAAUGAGCCGUCAGCGCGCUCCUACGGAAGCGCCAGAGGAGCGCUCGGUCCAGCAGGAGAACGAGCUGCAGGCGCUCGCGUCCAUCUUCGCGGAUGACUUCGUGGAUCUGCGCGACAAGGACCCGUGGAAGGUUAAAAGGCCUCCAGAGGUGCACCUCUGCCUGCGGCCAAACGGGCUGAGCAGCGGGCGGGAAUGCUACGUGACCGUGGACCUGCGCGUCAAAUGCCCACCGACGUACCCAGACGCGCCUCCGGAGCUGCAGCUGAAAAAUGCCAAAGGUCUGUCAAAUGAAAACCUCCAGAACCUUCAGAGUGAACUCGCUAAGCUGGCGGAUGCACGAUGCGGGGAGGUGAUGAUUUACGAGCUGGCGGACUACAUCCAGGGCUUCCUGAGCGAGCACAACAAGCCGCCGCCGAGCUCCUUCCACGAGGAGAUGCUGAAGAACCAGCGGAGACAGCAGGAGAAACGAGACCAGGAGGAGCAGCAGAAGGUGGACCAGCAGCGCAAGCGGGCGGAGGAGAUGGAAAAAGAGAUCAUGGCUGAAAUCCAACGAAGAGAGGAGGAGAAACGAGAUGAAAAAAGAAGAAAGGAAAUCGCCAAACAGGAACGACUUGAGAGCAUUGAGCAGCUGGACUUCGCGAACGUCUCCCCCCUCGGGAAGAGCCCGCCCAGCCCCGGCGCCGCUCCUCCCGAGCUGAUGGAGGCCAAGAAGGCGGCAGCCAGCCGCCGGCGGACUACCUCAAACACACGGCACAGACGUGACACCGUUAACGAAGACGCCCCUCGCUCGCGAGAGCUUCUCCGCUUCUCCAGCAGCGCUUUCGGAGAGCUUGUGGUCCACAGGGGGAAAAGCUUAGGCGUCAGCGAGCGGCUGCGCCGCAGCGUUCACCACGGGUUCGAGGCGAACUCUGGCGACUUUGCCGUGAUCUACGAGUGGUCUCUCCGCUGGAACAAGAAGAUGGGCAAGUUCUUCACCAGCCAGGAGAAAGGGAGGCUCGAGAGCUGCAAAAAGCAGAUCCAGGGGGCGGAAGCCGAGUUCAACUCCCUCCUGCGGCUGGACCACCCCAACUUGGUGCGCUACAUGGCGAUGAGCUCCACCGAGAAGGAGGACUGCCUGGCGGUCAACCUGCUGGUGGAGCACGUGGCCGGCUUCAACUUGACCCGGAGCCUCGUCGCAAACACCCCGCUGGCCACGGACAAGCUGUGCCACUACGCCGCCCAGCUGCUGGCCGCCCUCGACUACCUGCACGCCAACUCCGUGGUGCACAAACAGCUGGCGGCCUCCAGCGUGCUGGUGGACUCCGAGGGCAACGUCCGACUGACCGAUUACAGCUUGUCGAGGAGGUUUGCCGACAUGUGCAAAGAGGACAUUUUUGAGCAAGCCCACGUGCGUUUCUCGGAGGACGCGGCGAUGCCGACGAAAACGGGCAAGAAGGGCGACGUGUGGAACUUGGGCCUGAUGCUUCUGGCGCUGAGUCAGGGGAAAGAGACGCAGGAGUAUCCAGUGACGGUGCCCGCCAGCCUGCCUGCAGACUUUCAGGAUUUCCUCCACAAGUGUCUGUGCCUGAAUGACGCUGAGCGCUGGACCGCUCAGCAGCUUUUGGACCACGCCUUCCUCAAGCCUCCAUCGCCGAAACACCUCCCGCUGCACCGCAAUUCCAGCCCGGAAGUUCCCGCCGUGGACUUCCCUUCGUCCGUUAUCCCGCGGAGUCACAUCCCUUAUGCUCCGUUCAGCUCCGGGGUGGAGAGGCAGUUUUCUCGCUACUUCAAUGAGUUCGAGGAACUCCAGCUCCUUGGAAAAGGAGCCUUUGGCGCUGUGAUUAAGGUCCAGAAUAACCUGGACGGCUGCUACUACGCCGUGAAGCGCAUCCUGGUCAACCCGGCGAGCAAGCAGUUCAGGCGGAUCAAAGGCGAGGUCACGCUGCUGUCGCGCCUCAACCACGAGAACAUUGUGCGGUACUACAACGCGUGGAUCGAGCGGCACGAGAUCCCCCCGUCGGGGUUGCUGAGCAACGGCGACAGCUCCGAGGCCGCUUGGAGCGCCGGCGACAAGUCCCCUCAGCGCAAAGAGCCGCCGCGGGGGGUGGGCGGGGGCGCCGGCGAGCCGGGCGACGGCGUGGAGGACGCCGCGCCUCCCCCGGCCCUGUCCAGCUCUGUGGAGUGGUCCACCUCCAUCGAGAGGUCAUCCAGCGCCAAAUGCAGCGCGCCCCAGUCGAGUGAUGAAGAGGAUGAUGACGACGAAGAUGUGUUUGGUGCCUCUUUUUUGCCGUCAAAUAGCGACUCGAGUAGUGACAUCAUCUUCGACAACGGCGACGGAAGCACGGGCGACAUGUCGCAGGUCGAGCCCAGCAAAAGGCCGGCGACGGACACGGCGGAGAGCGCGGACUCGGAGCGACCUCAGCGCAUAGCGCAUUACUUGUACAUACAAAUGGAAUACUGUGAAAAGAGCACUUUAAGGGACACAAUAGAUCACGGGCUGCACCAGGACCACAAUCGCCUGUGGAGGCUCUUCAGAGAGAUUCUCGAUGGCCUCGCUUACAUCCACGAGCAGGGCAUGAUUCACAGGGACCUGAAGCCUGUCAACAUCUUCCUUGACUCGCACGACCACGUGAAGAUCGGGGACUUUGGCCUGGCUACGGACCAUCCCGCUAAUGUGGCUGCAGGUAAAUGUGAAGCGGAGGAGAGCGGCUCGGCAGUCAAACCGGACCCAACAGGUAACAUGACGGGCAUGGUCGGCACGGCGCUCUACGUCAGCCCGGAGGUUCAAGGAACCACCAAAGCCAACUACAACCAAAAAGUGGACCUGUUCAGCCUGGGCAUCAUCCUGUUCGAGAUGUCCUACCGGCCCAUGACCACGGGGGCCGAGCGCAUCUCUGUCCUGAGCCUGCUGCGUGCGGAGCCCAUGAACUUCCCCGAGGACUUCACCGCGUACGAGCAGGGAACUCAGAGGAAAGUGAUCGAGUGGCUGCUGAACCACGACCCGGCCCUCCGGCCCACCGCCCAGGAGCUGCUGAAGAGCGAGCUGCUGCCCCCGCCGCAGAUGGAGGAGUCGGAGCUGCACGAGGUGCUGCAGCACACCAUGGCCAACAUCAACGGCAAGGCCUACCGCACCAUGGUUGGCCAGCUGUUUGCCCAGAACACCUCGCCGGUCAUGGAUUACACCUACGACAUAGACCUGCACAAGGGCAGCUUCAGCUUGAACAGUGCCAAAUUGCAGCAGCAUGUGUACGAAACGAUCACCCGGAUCUUCAAGAGGCACGGUGCGGUGCGUCUCCAGACGCCGCUGCUCCUGCCGAGAAACAGGAAGUUGUACGAUGGCAGCGAGCCGGCCUGCUUCAUGGACCACAGCGGAAUGCUGGUUACGCUGCCCUACGACCUUCGCAUGGCGUUUUCGAGAUUCGUCGCUCGCAAUAAUAUAACUCACCUGAAGAGGUACAGCAUCGAGCGAGUAUUCCGCCCCAGGAAGCUGGAUCGCGCGCACCCAAGGGAGCUUCUGGAGUGCGCUUUUGACAUCAUCACGCCCGUAACCAACAGCCUGCUGCCCGACGCCGAGACCAUCUACGCCGUCUCUGAAAUAGUCCAGGAGUUCGCCGCGCUCCAGGAAAGGAACUAUAACAUUUACCUGAACCACACCAGCUUGUUCAAGGCCAUCCUGCUCCACAGCGGAGUCCCCGAGGACAAGCUGAGCCAGGCCUCCACCAUCCUGUGUGACGCCAUGAGCGAAAAGCUAACCAAACGUGAGGUGGAGGCAAAGUUCUGCAACUUUUCACUGUCAACCAACAGCUUGCAGACGCUGUACAAGUACAUAGAACAGAAGGGGAAUCUGCAGGACCUGGCGCCGCUACUGACAGCACUCACCAAACAGAAGACCGCCGUCACCCAGCUGGCCAAGCAGGGCCUCAAGGACCUGGAGGAGGUCACGGCGCUGCUGCGCGGUCUAGGAGUCAAGCUGCAGGUGGUGGUCAACUUGGGCUUAGUGUACAAGGUGCAGCAUCACUCCGGGAUCAUCUUCCAGUUCGUGGCUUUCAUCAGGAAGCGCAAGCGAAUCGUUCCGGACAUCCUGGCUGCUGGGGGACGCUAUGACCACUUGAUCGUGGAGUUUCGAGGGCCAGCUUCCACCGCGCAGGUGCCCUCUGCAGUCGGGGCCAGUGUGGCUCUGGACAAAGUCUGUGCUGCCAUGACCAACAUGGAGGAGCCACCAUCAGUGAGCUGCUGCGAUGCUCUGGUGGUCCCAGUCGGACAAUCUUCGAUGUCUCGAGCCAUCAGUGUGGUCCAGAAGCUGUGGAGCACCGGCGUCUCUGCAGACAUCGCCUACGACGUCUUACAGUCUCAGGACACGUUGAUGGAGCACUGCAGGCUGGCCGCCAUCAGCUGCAUGGUCCUGGUCUCUGACAAGGAGGGAAACUACGUGAAGGUGAAGUCCUUCGAGAAGGACCGACAGUCGGAGAAGCGGAUCCCCGAGUCGGACCUGGUGGACCACAUCAUUCAGAAAUGUCGAACCAAAUUCUUUGAGGAAAGAAACAUCAGAGAAACCUCUGACAGCAUGUCCCAAAACCCCAAAGGAUCAUCGCUCAACACCACAGGCUCUUCAGAACAGUACGGCAGCAGCAGCACCACGAACAUUAACGUCUACGUCAUCAGCCCGGAAAAGGUUUCUUCCAACGCCAGACGCCGCUACGAGACGCAGAUCCAAACCCGAUUACAGAAUCUCGGCACCAAUUUGCAGAACAAGAGCAAUGACAUUGAAGUUCUGGCAGUGGACCUGCUGAAGGAAACGCUCGUCCACUUCCUGUCCCUGGAGUUCGAUAGCGAAGAGCAGUUCAACAGCAGCGUGAAGACUCUGCUGAAUCGCCUCCCCAAGCAGCGCUACCUCAAGUCCAUCUGCGAGGAGAUCCACCAUUUCAAGAUCAUGAAAAAGGUGGCUGUGGUGAUCUUGUACAGCUACAAGGACGACUACUACAAGAUCCUUCUCUGAAAGCCCGACGGCAGCAGCGGCCUGCUGCUUCUUUCAUCCUCGGACCCGCAGCAGCUCCGUGGAGACGGACGGACCCGUCGUCGCAAAAUCUAAAGCUUUCCACAAAGCGUCCAAUUCUUUCCCAGAUCAACGUUGACCAAAGGACUACCGGAAGUACGGCUCUCCUAGAACUUUGUAUUUUUUACUGAACAUUAUGGGUCACAGAGGCGGUACGUUUACAUUUCUUAUGAACAGGAUGGAUAGUUGUAAUAAAUCAACUUUUCCCACA